AUAGUACAUCUUGCAAUGUGGCAAUUGACCAAUAAAAGGAAGGGUUUAGGCUAUUAAUAUUAUACCAAAUUAUACGUAUACAAACGUUAUUGUAAAUGUAACGUAUGCUGAUACGUAUCUACAAGUGCAAUAGUUUUCUAAUUGCGUGAUAUUUAUAAAGAUUUUUGAAAUGUUUCAUACUGUCAGAAAUAGAAGGUUAGGGUGCUUCUAACAAUAUUUGACGUGUCAAUGCAACUGCAAAUGGCGGACACCAAUGGUGACAUUUCCUCGGUAGAGCAGAAAAUCGAGAAACUGGCGAUAUCCGCGGAGGACUUGGCGAAAAACAAAAAUGACAAGGAGAGUGAAAAGAGGUGGGAGCCUCGUCUAUGGGGUUUCGAAACUAAGGAACUGUACAAAAUUGCAGUCAGUUUUUAUAAAGAAAAGGAAGGCAAAGCUGUUCAUUUGUCUUAUGAAGACAAAUUAAAGCUAGUGGCUUUUACCCAGCAAGUAACGCAUGGCAAAUGUACUGCAGAGAAUGCACCACCUUUGGGUGUGUUGGAUGUAAUUGGGAAAGACAGACGCUUAGCAUGGCAAAAUCUAGGAGACAUAUCCAAGGAACAGGCGAUGGAAGGAUUUAUAGUUUUGUUGGACAAGCUAUGUCCCCUGUUUAGAACAGUUGUAGAAGCACAGAGAAGGGACAUCGAAGAGAAGUUAAGGUUGAAAAGGGAGGAGGAGGCAAGAAAAGUAGAAGAAGAAAGGAGAUUAAAAGAAUUAGAUGAACAAAGAAAGAAAGAGGAGGAAGCUAGAUUAAAGGAAGAAAUACAGAGGAGACAAAUUCAAGAUGCCUUAAAUCAACAAACAUAUUACCAAUUCAAAAUGUAUGCAGAGCAACAAUAUCCUGGCAAUCCAGAACAACAAGGAGUACUAAUAAGACAGUUGCAAGAACAACAUUAUCAUCAGUACAUGCAACAAUUACAUCAAAAUCAAUUAGUCAUAGAAGAUCAAAUUCCAGAAAUAAACACUGCCACAAUAGAAAAUGCUGAGAAGGAAGAAGAGCCAAAAGAAACAAAUGAAACAGCCACAUUGAACAGAGAAGAUUCUGAUGAAUUACCAGAUGAUUACCCACCUAUAGCUCCACCAGAAAUGUGGACUAGACAGGGUGUGGAUGCCUUCAAGGAACUCAUUAGGAGAGAAGAUGGUGAUGCAGUUAUUAAAGUUGGUCAUGGAGAAAUAGUAACGGUUAGGGUGCCGACGCACGAAGAUGGUUUGUGUUUAUUUUGGGAAUUUGCAACGGAUGGCUAUGAUAUUGGUUUUGGACUAUAUUUUGAAUGGUCAAAACCAGAAACAAAUCAAGUAUCAGUACAUAUUAGUGAGUCUGAAGAGGAGGAAGAAGAGGAUGAUGAAUAUGAAACAAGAGAUGAUUUAGAAAGUGGAGUAACAAAUGAUAUAAUUCAGUCUGAUUACAAACCAUUGCCACCACCUAUAAGCGUGAUAAUACCUAUUUUCAGGAGGGAUUCACAAGAAGAAGUCUAUGCAGGAAGUCAUAGAUACCCAGGGCAGGGUGUGUAUCUUCUUAAAUUCGAUAAUACAUAUUCACUUUGGCGAAGUAAGACGCUUUAUUACCGAGUCUACUACACACAAAAUGGUUAUGUGAAAAAUUAGCUUUAUUAAGAAAAAAAAAACUACUGCGCAAUUCACUGAUCGUACUAUCGUUGAGAACUAGCCUGAUGCGAUUAUUUGCCAAUAUUGCUAGUCCAACUAAAUGAAGAGUCCUAUAUGUUAUUUCUGUUCACACCAAGUGUUUACAAGAAGAAACACAAAUAUAUAUUUAUUAUGGUUAUGUAAAGACA